GGCGGAGGGAGGGAGGAGGAGGCCCCGUCGCGGCCUUCGCCGCCGCCAACGGGGCUGUCCCUGUAGCUCCCGAUGGAGUUUGAGGCCCUGAAACCGCCGCCGAGCUCUGCCCCGGCGAGACGAGGCGCCUCCGUCGCCAAGCCGCGCCGUCGCGGGGUACCCGGGAGCGGCCCUUAGCGACCCCGCCCGGGCCCCUCAGUACCGGGGAUUGAAUUUAAAGCUUCACAAACAUUAGCUUAUAAAACACUACACAGCAAAAUAAUGAUAUGCUAGAUUGCUAACUCGAGCAUCAGCUUCCACAAUGCCUGUGCAGGCAGCUCAAUGGACAGAGUUUCUGUCCUGUCCAAUCUGCUAUAAUGAAUUUGAUGAGAAUGUGCACAAACCCAUCAGUUUAGGUUGUUCGCAUACAGUUUGCAAGACCUGCUUGAAUAAACUUCACCGAAAAGCGUGUCCUUUUGACCAAACUGCCAUAAACACAGACAUUGAUGUGCUCCCUGUCAACUUUGCACUUCUUCAGUUAGUUGGAGCCCAGGUGCCAGAUCAUCAAUCAAUAAAAUUAAGUAAUCUAGGUGAGAAUAAACACUAUGAAGUGGCAAAAAAAUGUGUUGAAAAUUUGGCACUCUACUUAAAACCACUAAGUGGAGGUAAAGGUGUAGCUAGUUUGAACCAGAGUGCCCUAAGCCGUCCAAUGCAAAGGAAGCUAGUUACACUUGUAAACUGUCAACUGGUGGAGGAAGAAGGUCGUGUCAGAGCUAUGCGAGCGGCCCGUUCACUAGGAGAAAGAACUGUGACAGAACUGAUUCUGCAGCACCAAAACCCUCAGCAGCUUUCUGCCAACCUGUGGGCUGCUGUCAGGGCUCGAGGAUGCCAGUUUUUAGGACCAGCUAUGCAAGAAGAAGCCUUGAAGUUAGUAUUGCUGGCACUGGAAGAUGGUUCUGCCCUCUCAAGGAAAGUUCUGGUACUUUUUGUUGUGCAAAGACUAGAACCAAGAUUUCCUCAGGCAUCAAAAACAAGUAUUGGUCAUGUUGUGCAGCUACUGUAUCGAGCUUCUUGUUUUAAGGUUACUAAAAGGGAUGAAGACUCUUCCCUGAUGCAGCUAAAAGAGGAAUUUCGGAGUUAUGAGGCACUGCGCAGAGAACAUGAUGCCCAAAUUGUUCACAUUGCCAUGGAAGCAGGACUCCGUAUUUCACCUGAGCAGUGGUCCUCACUGCUGUAUGGGGACUUGGCUCAUAAAUCACACAUGCAAUCUAUCAUUGAUAAGCUUCAGUCUCCAGAAUCAUUUGCAAAGAGUGUCCAAGAAUUGACAAUUGUUUUGCAACGAACAGGUGACCCAGCUAAUUUAAAUAGACUGAGACCUCAUUUAGAACUUCUUGCAAACAUAGACCCUAAUCCAGAUGCUGUUUCUCCAACUUGGGAACAGCUGGAAAAUGCAAUGGUAGCUGUUAAAACAGUGGUUCAUGGUCUUGUGGACUUCAUACAAAACUAUAGUAGAAAAGGCCACGAGACACCCCAGCCCCAGCCCAACAGCAAGUACAAAACCAGCAUGUGCCGAGAUUUGCGACAACAAGGGGGUUGUCCACGAGGAACAAAUUGUACAUUUGCCCAUUCUCAGGAAGAACUUGAAAAGUACCGAUUGAGGAACAAAAAGAUGAGUGCAACUGUAAGAACAUUCCCUCUUCUGAAUAAAGUUGGUAUAAACAACACUGUUACAACCACAGCCGGAAAUGGCAUUUCGGUCAUAGGAAGUACUGAAACAUCUGGGAAAAUUGUUUCAAGUACAAAUGGAAUUUCAAAUGCAGAAAACAGUGUUUCCCAGCUAAUCCCACGAAGCACUGACAGUGCGCUAAGAACUCUGGAGACUGUGAAGAAAGUCGGGAAAGUUGGCACUAAUGGACAGAACCCUGCUGGGCCCUCUGCAGAGUCUGGAUCUGAAAAUAAAAUUGGUUCUCCUCCGAAGACUCCUGUAAGUAAUGCAGCAGCUACCUCCACUGGGCCCUCUAAUUUUGGAACAGAGUUAAGCUCUGUGCCUCCCAAAUCCAGCCCAUUUCUAACUAGAGUUCCAGUAUAUCCUCAGCAUUCUGAAAGCAUUCAGUAUUUUCAGGACCCAAGGACUCAGAUACCCUUUGAAGUCCCACAAUACCCACAAACAGGAUACUACCCACCACCUCCAACGGUACCAGCUGGUGUGACUCCUUGUGUUCCUCGCUUUGUGAGGUCCAGUAAUGUUCCAGAGUCCUCCCUCCCACCUGCUUCCAUGCCAUAUGCUGAUCAUUACAGUACAUUUUCCCCUCGAGAUCGAAUGAAUUCUUCUCCUUACCAGCCUCCUCCUCCGCAGCAGUACGGACCAGUUCCUCCAGUACCUUCUGGAAUGUAUGCUCCUGUGUAUGACAGCAGGCGCAUCUGGCGCCCAGCUAUGUACCAACGAGAUGACAUUAUUAGAAGCAAUUCUUUACCUCCAAUGGAUGUGAUGCACUCAUCUGUCUAUCAGACAUCUUUACGGGAAAGAUAUAAUUCAUUAGAUGGAUAUUAUUCAGUGGCUUGUCAGCCACCAAAUGAGCCAAGGACGACUGUGCCUUUACCAAGGGAGCCUUGUAGUCAUUUGAAGACCAGUUGUGAGGAACAGAUAAGAAGAAAGCCAGAUCAGUGGGCACAGUACCAUACCCAGAAAGCACCUGUCUCUUCAACUCUUCCUGUGGCAACACAGUCACCAACACCACCUUCUCCUCUAUUCAGUGUAGACUUCCGAACAGAUUUCUCUGAGAAUGUGAGUGGCACAAAAUUUGAGGAAGACCAUCUUUCCCAUUAUUCUCCCUGGUCUUGUGGCACCAUAGGCUCUUGUAUAAAUGCCAUUGAUUCAGAGCCCAAAGACGUAAUCGCUAAUUCAAAUGCUGUGCUAAUGGACCUGGACAGUGGGGAUGUUAAGAGAAGAGUUCAUUUAUUUGAAACUCAGAGAAGGACAAAAGAAGAAGACCCAAUUAUUCCCUUUAGUGAUGGACCCAUUAUCUCAAAAUGGGGUGCAAUUUCCCGAUCCUCCCGAACAGGUUACCAUACAACAGAUCCCAUCCAGGCAACUGCUUCCCAAGGAAGUACUACUAAGCCCAUCAGUGUAUCAGAUUAUGUCCCUUAUGUCAAUGCUGUUGAUUCAAGGUGGAGUUCAUAUGGAAAUGAGGCCACAUCAUCAGCACACUAUAUUGAUCGGGACAGAUUCAUUGUUACUGAUUUAUCUGGUCAUAGAAAGCAUUCCAGUACUGGAGACCUUUUGAGCAUUGAACUUCAGCAGGCCAAGAGUAACUCAUUACUUCUUCAGAGGGAAGCUAAUGCUCUGGCCAUGCAACAGAAGUGGAAUUCCCUGGAUGAAGGCCGACAUCUUACUUUAAAUCUUCUAAGCAAGGAAAUUGAACUUAGAAAUGGAGAGAGUGAUUAUACAGAAGACACAGUAGAUACGAAGCCCGAUAGAGAUAUUGAGUUAGAGCUUUCAGCACUUGAUACUGAUGAACCUGAUGGACAAAGUGAACAAAUUGAAGAAAUCUUGGACAUACAACUUGGCAUCAGUUCUCAAAAUGAUCAGUUGCUGAAUGGAACAGCAGUGGAAAAUGGCCAUCCUGGCCAGCAACAGCAGAAGGACCCAGUAAAGCAGAAGAGACAGAGUUUAGGUGAAGACCGUGUAACUCUGGAGGAACAAAAAACAAUUCUGCCGGUAACAUCUUGCUUUAACCAGCCACUCCCAGUGUCUAUUAACAGUGCAGGCUGCCUCCCCAUCACCACAUCUGUCAGUGUUGGCAAUCUCAUCCUGAAAACUCAUGUUAUGUCUGAAGAUAAAACCGACUUUUUAAAACCUAUUGCAAAUGGGAAGAUGGUUAACAGCUGAAAGGAGGCUCAUCUUUCAAAUUUGUGACCACACCUUGGAAGCAUUUACACUAGCUUUUUAUAUAUAUAUAAUAUAUAUUAUAUAAUGUAUAUUUUUUU